CGGAGAAUCUGGCUGCAGACCAUGAAUAUUUCCAAGAUGGUGCUAGGUGCCAACUUCACUAACAACUCCUUCAAUUGUACGAUUGACGGCUUCAAGCAAGUCAUUUAUCCCAUCAUGUACCUCCUUAUCUUCUGCCUGGGUGCUGUUGGAAAUAGCCUCUCCAUUUAUGUUUUCUUCCAGCCUUCACAGAGGAAGACCUCAGUAAACAUUUACAUGCAGAAUUUGGCUGUUUCAGAUCUCAUGUUUGUGAGUACUUUGCCCUUUCGGGCCACCUACUUCCUGUUGGGAUCACGCUGGGUAUUUGGUGAUGUCCUCUGCAGGAUCAUGACUUACAUCUUGUACGUGAACAUGUACUGCAGCAUUUAUUUUCUCACCGUGCUCAGCGUGGUUCGUUUCAUAGCUAUUGUCUACCCAUUCAAGCGCUGGAAAGUAACCAACAUGAAGUAUGCCAAGAUAAUAUGUGCAGCCAUAUGGGUUUUUGUCCUGGUAGCCUCCAGCCCUCUGCUAUGCAAGGAAGUUGCUGGAUACAAAUACCCAGACAAGUGCUUGGAUCUCCACCCCUCCAACACGCACAGGCUCCUGAUAAUGAACAGCUUUGUCCUCCUUGUGGGCUUCAUUCUGCCAUUUUGCACAAUUAUCGUCUGCUACAUCUUUGCCAUAAGAGCGUUGCUCAAGUCCAAGAAUCCACAGUGCAAGAAGGCGGUUUGUCACAAGAAGGCACUGUCAACCAUCAUCAUCACUCUCAUCCUCUUCCUCCUCUGUUUCCUGCCGUACCACAUACUGCGAACAGUCCACCUGACGAGAAGCGGUUGCAGCCCGGCCAACCUCCCUCUGCACAAGGCGCUGGUGGUCACUCUCUGCCUUGCUGCCAUGAACAGCUGCCUCGAUCCCAUCCUCUAUUACUUCGCUGCUGAAAAUUUCAAAGCCAGAAUCAGAAGUUUGUACCGCAGAUAGCUGACGCAGAAUUGCAAAGUACAAAAAAUAUGCAAAAUAUUUAUAUAUGGUCCUGGUGUGGUAUCUAGACUGGGUCCAUACUGUUCAAUGGCAGAGGCUGUGUGGUGCUAGCCAGCCCGCAGCCAUGCUGCUCAGUGCCAGGCAUCUCUCAAGCAAAAAUGUCUUGGAAAGCGCUCAUUGGGGAUGCCCAAAACUGAGGCAGAAAGAUCAGAGGUCAGGUGUCUGGGUGUGAUCCCUGGUCCUCUUCUAUUUAGCAGCGUAGAUACACCUCUAGUGUUCAUUCUCCCCAGGACAAGGGGUUGAAAGGGAUUUACCUUGCUAUUAGAGUCCAUUUAUUUCACUUCACAAUACUCAAUGAGUGGCUUGAAGGUCAACUCUUCCCCUGAUCACCUCAGCGUCUGGGUCUGAACCUCUCUGUGCUCCAUUUCGCUGUGUGUGCAGAGGUGUGGGGUUCAGAUGCUGUGAUACCCAACAGCUUCAUAGUGCCCUGUUAGUUCCCUUUGCAAACACGGGCCAGAGGUCUGCACAUCACAGAAAUGUAAAGUAUCACUGAUACUUUCUGCUGAGGCUGACUUACAAAGCAGACAGAGAGCCAAACGGGAGCCAGCACAGGCUCAGGCUGUUCAGAGGGCAUUAGCAUUUCUAGAUUUUCCAUUCUGAGGAGGCCACCGAGGUGUUGAUGGUUGGGCUCGGUGAUCUCAGAGGUCCUUUCCAACCAUGACGAUUCUGUGAUUCUGUGUUCUGCUUAACAUUUCUCUGAUUGCCAAGUGAGAUAAUGAUUUCCAGUUACCGGCGCCAGGAUGGAGCACUAUGAGUUAAGAUGACU